AUGUAUCCCAAUCCAAACCAGCAUGCUAAACGUAGAAAGAAACGAAUUCUGCAGGGUACUAAAACAGUGACAGUUGUUAGAGGAAAAGUAGGUUAUGGAUUUACAAUAUCAGGACAAAAUCCAUGUAUGCUGAGUUGCAUUGUUUCUGGAAGUCCAGCUGAAGCUGCAGGCCUUAAACCAGGUGAUCUACUAUAUUUUGUGAAUGGCCAGAAUGUCAGCAGAGCUUGUCAUGAUGAUGUUGUUAGAAUGGUUGGACUCUCUACAGGAACUCUAGAGCUCCAGGUACAUUUUCAACUGAACAAUCGUGGGGAAAAAAGGCAACAUAACGAAUAUACAUAAAUGUUUAUACUUGCAGCUUAAUAAUGAAACUAAACUUAAAGGGAAAUAAAAUAAAAUAAUAAUAAGAUUAUAAAAAUCAAUAUAAUGAAUAGAUAUUAUUCUGAGGAGAUUCAUUUUAUUUUGGUUAAAUUUUUGAAUUAUUCCAUUUUCAUUUAUUUCAUAUUUAAAUUUAAACACAUAUUUUUAGGUUGCAGAGAAUUAUAAUAGUUCUGACUCUUCUGACGAUAAUUACCCUCCUAGAAGUAAAUCAAGAUAUCCCAAUCGAGUCAGACCUAGGGUCAGUCAUGCAGAGAGAGGUUCUAAGUAUGAAAGAGGGCCCUCUUCUCGUCGCAAUGAACACAGGGAAAAUCAUAAUGCACCUCGACAUUACACUCCUCUUGGAGCAGAAUCUGAUUUAUCAUCAAGUCUUACUUCACAAGAAGACCAGGGUUGGGCUCAAAUACCUGAUUCUGGAUGGUCUAAAAAUACACAAGCAGCUACAACCAUAAAGAAAGAAAAAAAUCGGUUUGAUGCAAAUUAUGCACAAGGUAAUGGUUUUGCUUUCGCUGCAAUGCAUGGUGGACAAGUGAUGCCCACAGCAAAAAAAAUAACAUCUGCUGCAGCCGUUGUUAAGAGGGUGCCUCAAGUUACAGACUCCAAAUUACCAUGGCAAAUUGGUUCAGUAAAAUUCCCAGAUACCACACAAGAGACUGCAGCACAUAAUACAGAUGAGUCACAGAAGACUCGACGACAAGAAAAGCUACUUAAUCAACCAGAAGAAAUAAUAAAGAAAGAAGAACUCAAGCUAGAAGUUGUUAAUUCUAUCAAAGCAGUUGUAGGUUACAUUGGCUCAAUUGAAACCCCUAGUUCCCAUACUCGCCCUCAUCAAAGACUUCAGGCCCUAAGAAGUGCAGUGCGAAGAUUAAGGGUGGAGAAAAGAGUUCAUACAUUGGUAUUGAUGCAAGUGAGCUCAACAGGUGUGGUUCUCACAAAUGCUGUGGGAAAACAGCUCGCCUUCUAUCCUAAUGAAAGAAUUGCUUUUAGUGGUAUCUGUCCUGAUGAUGAACGAUUUUUUGGGUUGGUUACACUGAGUCUUCCUGAUGAUGACUGCAGCAGUUACACUGAAAGUGGAGAGAUUGCCAAAAUUCCUAAUUCAUCUUGCCACAUUUUUAUGAUUGAGCCAGAUCUCAGUCCUCACAGUGCUCAUAUUCAGCAAGCAGAAGCAUUCCAGGUAAAUUUACAUUUAUUUUAUAGUUACACACAAAACAAAGCUUGAUGUAAGUGAACGUGUGUAGCUGAUAAAAUAUUGAGUAUCCUAAUUUUUUUCCCUUUAAUUUUAAUGUUGAUAGAUUAAAUAUUACGAGACCAUCUCUGAUGUAAAACUAACAUCAAGUUUAUUUUAAAAAAGCACCCUGACUGAGAAAUUCUAAGAUAGUAUUAGAAACACAGUCUCAGCCUAAUGCUGCAAUUUGAGAUAUUAAAACAAAAAUUAAGGCUAUACAAAACUUGAACUUUUAUUUUAAUAUCUUGAAUAUUAUUUAUUUUUACUUUGUUAAAGCAUUAUUGUUUCUAGCAAAUAUUGCAGUUUUUUCUCAAUCUAUUUACAACUUAAAGUGUAUCAGAAUUUUAAAAUAUAAAGUGAGUCAGGCUCUUUCUAUUUUAUUACAUUUUUUAUUCAAUUUUAUAUAAAAGUUUUCAUUCAUUUCAUUCUUAUUUUUUAAUGUUAAUGAAUUUGUGCUUAUAUUUUGGUUUUAUAUUUAUUUUUUUUCAUUUAUCUAAUUCCUCUAAUUUCUUUUUCAUAAUUUAAAAGUGUUUUUUCUCUUUCUAAGUGAACAGAUAAUGGAUAUAGUUAAAACUUGUACGGUACAUUAAAUUCUACAAAUUGUCAAAAGUCCAUAUCAAAAUAUUAGCUUCAAACUUAAAAGGAUUUUCAAAACCAUAAAAAAAAAGUUUUUAAAACAAACCUUUUAGCAUUCAGAGAUUGAAGAUGACAUGGGAUUUUUAAGAACCCUUUCGUUAAUCCCCAAUAUUUAAUGCUGAAAAUUGAUCACUGAACAUUAUGUAGCAUAAAAUUGAAUUUCGUUAAGAAAGUGGUUUAAAAACGAUUAUCAUUUGUUGUUUUUUACAAAUCAAUAAACAAAUUUUAUUUUUUUCUUUCAUCUUAAAAAUGAUAGAUACUAAAACUCAAUUAAAACUAUUAUGUCAAAUGUGACCAAUAUUAACUGCUGAUUUUGACAUCUUGGUACAAUAUUAGUGCAAAAACAAAAUAAAGAAUGGCAAUAUUGAAAAUAAGUUGUUACUGGUACUGACUACUUUUUACAUUAAAUGUAUCCAAUCUUUAUCUAUCUGUUAAGAAAGUACCAAAUAUAUUUCUAUGAAUGCCAUUAAAACCGAUAAUCGGCUUUAAAAUAGAAUUUAAACUACAGUACCUAAUCGGUUUUAGAAUAGGAUUUAAACUACUGUACCGAAAAGUAUUGAAUACAGUUUUAUUAAGUUUAUUUUUUGGUAGAAUUGUUUCUGUAGACUUGUUAUGUUAACAACCACUUAUCAUCAAAUCUUUUCAAAAUGCAUUUUUUAAUUCUGUUGCAAUGUAAUCCUAGUGACUAGUUGUCUGUCAUCUUGUAGAUACUGGACCAAUAAAAUAUUUUCUGAAGAAGAAAUUUCACUGGAAUAAACUUUUUUAAUUAGGUCAUUACAAAGUGUUGAAUUGAACCAUCAUUUAUUUUUUCAGAUUAAUUGUACUACAAAUGCUGAGACCCGUCGCUGUGAAGAGUUUCCCAGAUUAGCGACUUCACUUAUACUUUGUAUUGCCAAUUUAUAUCGUGAUGCACCGCCAAGAAAAUUUGACAAUGAAAUUGUCCAGUCUCAAGCAUUUGCAGAUCCUAUAAGACAGGUGGAACAUGUGCAUAGUAACAGCAGCAGUAACAAUAGUAACAGUGACAGUGGGCUUGGGUUUGGACGUGAAGAAGCUCCUUUGGAACAAAAUGAGCAGGUAAUGUGGAAUGUUAAAUUAUUGUUUUAUAGUUUAUUAAUGUUUCAGAUAUAUAAAUUUAUAGAUGCCUAAAGGACUCAACAUUCCUAAGUUGCUAAUCAAUUUAUUCUCCAUAAGUAUUCUUUUAGGUGUGUUUUAAACAAAUGUGACGAUGGAGUGGGCUUCGUAGGACGAAAUCCACAUAGCCUGGGAUUAUUAUACUUGAAGGAUUAUAAGCUGGUUCCCAACAGCAAAUCGCCUCUCUCCACGCCGCUGGGUAACCCAAGGGAACAUCAUUGGAUGAUACAGCUUGGCACCAGUGACGUCGCAGGAGUUGUCGGAAUGUUUCAUUGUAUCAAUGUUAUCCGCCUUUCGGGACUCCAUCUCCGGGUUUGAUUUCAGAGUUUCCUUCUCUUAGAUGAGUUGCCGUCCAAGGUUAACGAGUCCCAUCUACCCGGGGUGCUGGUGGUGUUUUUGCUCUAGCUGGAAUUGAACUCCAGACCACCAACUUGAGAUUUGCUCAGUUUAGACCACUCGGCCACCCAGCACCCAUUUAAAUAUAUAAAACACCUAUACUGAUAUGUCCCAAACCCUCUUAUCACUGUAUCACAAAGAUUUUGCUGCUGAAAGUAAUACAUACGUCAUAUAUUGAUUUAAAUGUGCCAAUACCAAAUGUGAAGUCAGAAUCUGCCUAGCACAUCUCUAGAGUUUAAGUUAUGCUUAUGGAUGCAUUUAAGUAAUAACACUUUGCUAUUAUUGCAAGCUGGUAAAGGAUAUCUGUUUCUGGAUUAGUGUGAAUGGCCUCAUGCUGCAAUUGGUUUGAGAGUACGUUUCUGAUCAGCUGAGAUUGUUCAUAGAUUCCAGCAAAGUGUUCUUGAAAGCUGUGUUUUUUCACCAUGGUUAUGAAAAAACAUCUAUUCCUAUGGCUCAGACUGUAAGCCUCAAAAAGACAUGAUUCAGAAUGAGACUUUUGAAAGGCUUUAAUUUCUCAGAUCACAACUGGAGCCACUGUACUGAACUGAAAGUGGCAGCACUUCUUCUAGUCCUACAGCUGGGGGUCCCCAAAAUCUUUGUGCUUUUGAUGUUUGUGGAACAGUCAUGACAGGAACCAUUAAUAAAGUGAAAUGGUGGCCUCAUAGAUCUGACCCCAUUGUUGGUUGGGAGAACAUGCAAGACUAAUCAUUUGUUUAUCCUUUGAAAGUGUACUUACCACCACUUCAUAUUAAACUGGGCAUUGUGAAAUUAUUUUAAUGUCAAUGGAUCGUAAUGGAUAAAGCUUCCGGUAUAUGAUAGAGAAGUUCUGAGCUAUCAAAACUGAUGAUAAGGGGCCGUGCACAUAUUAUAUAACACAAAAUUAUUACAUUUGUCCCCACCUAUUUGAUCCGACCCAUACCCCUUAUGAUAUUAUACAACAGUUCCAUUGUUGAAACCCCCCCCCUUCCCCCACAUACCCCCCCUCUUCCAUAAAACAUUAGUACUACAACAAAUUUUGUGCUAGAAAUUAUUUUAGACAAAAUGUCCUAAUUUGUAAGCAAAAAAUGCAAUUCAGUUUCUAAUAAGCUAGCCUAAUUUAGUAAAUUUGAAAGCGUAAAUUUAGAAAAAGCAAGAAUUAAUAAAAGAAAAUAUCAAGUAAAAAGAAUUGUUACUUAAUAUUGCUCUUUACUAAAUUUAGAAAAAGCAAAAAUUAAUAAAAGAAAAUAUCAAGUAAAAAGAAUUGUUACUUAAUAUUGCUCUUUACUAAAUUUAGAAAAAGCAAAAAUUAAUAAAAGAAAAUAUCAAGUAAAAAGAAUUGUUACUUAACAUUGCUCUUUAUUAAAUUUAGAAAAAGUAAUAAUUAAUAAAAGAAAAUAUCAAGUAAAAAGAAUUGUUACUUAACAUUGCUCUUUACUACCCCCACCGCAUAUAAUACAAUAUUAAAAAAUAAUAAACCAACCGCACCCCUUUGAGUUAUAUGAUAUGUGCAUGGUCCCUAAGCUGAAAGCUGGAGUUUUUAUUGGACUAGAAAUUUGCAAACUGAUGCAUGAUACAGUAUUUAGAACCAAGUCGAACCCACUUGUACUUGCCGCUUGUGGUGCAUGUUCGUUGGUAAUCAGCAAGCUGAGAACUAUACUGAACUCAUUAGCAACACUCUAACAGCCUACAAAAAACUUGGCUGCCAGACAUCACUAUAAAUACAUUUCUUACAUUCUCAUUUGAAUUUUUCCCCACAAAACUUGGGUGAUGCAAGUAAUGAGUAUGGAGAUAGAUUUCAUCUAGAUAUCUCUACCUUGGAAACAAGAUUUCAAGGCCAAAAUAAUUCCAACAUGAUGAGUUAUUACUACUGCUGAUUUCUGCAGUAGGCAACAGCAGUCACUUAUAAGAACAAGUGUCUAUAGCAUUUUUGAACUCAUAUAGAGUAAAGCUGACGAGGACAUUUUUAAAUGGAUGCUUUCAUCUGAGUAACUUACAUAUAUUUAUAAUAGAUUUAAAAACAUUUUCAUAAUAUUCAUUUUUCCUAUAUUUUAUUGUAUUGUUCAAAAGCCACUGGCAUGUUUUCUUAUCAAGCCUUUUUAUUGAAGCAAAUAAUAGUUCUAUAAAGAAUUUGCAUAAUAAACAAUUUAAUUUUGCUCAUGUAGACUGCAUUACUUAAGCUCCUGAUGUCUUAUACAAUAUCUGACAUCAGAUUUAGAUUCAGCAGACUCGAUUUAGUCUAUUACAAAGUUGCUGUUUCUUGAUAUUAUGUCAAUUGAUCACCAUGGCAACCACUUGUCUAGCCAUCAUUGCUCUUAUAAUUGUGUGAAUCACAAAUUAAGCCAUCCUAGAUUUUACAAAUAUUCAUAGGAGAAGUAAUCCAUUCCAUUUCAACUUCAUUAAACCAUAAAACUGAGCUUUUGGUGCCGACAUGGGAUUUAAUAGUCAGUAGAUUGCUUUUAAAAAGCAUGUAUUUUAAGUUCCCAUCCAUUGGAAAUUAAAUAAUUUAUAAUUGGUAAUAGAGUCUGCCAUGGUGCUUUUAAUUAGACUAAGUGCUGGCUGGUAUUAUCUGAAAACAAAACUACAUAUUUUAGGCCUUCUACUAAAAAUCCCAAUUGCUUUACAUCUCAGCAGCCUAAGUAACUGAAAGGAUAGAGUUUACAGGACAUAGGAUGAUAGGAAAAUCAAAGAUAUAAAAAAUAGCUGUCAGUAUAUCUUUAAUAAAUUGAUAUUGAAAAAUGAUUGGCUUGUAGAUUCAUUGCAGAUAUUAAUUUUGCCAAUUCAUUGAUGCUUGUUUUCUGAUAAGGAUGUUAAAAAAUGUAUUUAAUUUCACUGUUUAAAAAGUUCUCCUUGUCUUAUGACUUUAAUUCUCUUGCACUGACUUAAGCAAACGCUUUUUAUGGAUUUAUAAAAUCUUUUUGUACCAAGAUUGUAGAUUUUAAAAAGUUAAUAUAAAUUGGUUUUAUUUAAAGCAGUGCUUCUGAAACAUUUCAGUGUGACUGACUAGCAGGAAUUAUCAACUGGACCACCUUGACUAGGCUCUGAUUUAUACCACUUAUAAUUAGUUCAACAUGUUGAGAUUGCAAUGGAUGUUCAAAACUUGUGAUGAAUGACUAAUAAACAUUUUUUUUCUCUAUAGGUUUGUGUUGUUGAUUUACCAAAUGGUAGACAGCAACUUGACAACAGUGAUAUGUCUAUUGCCAUGGAUACAAGCAUUCUUUCAAUUCAAGGCCAUCAUUCCCCCGAAGUGGAUGUUGUCAACAUAACCAGAGGUCCUCCAUCUGCCCAGCGGCCAUUGUCUGCAUUUGAUGCCAGAAGAGGUAAAUAUUGUUUGUAAUAGGGACUUAGGGACUUAAUAUAUGAAAAUUGACCAUUAUUAAUUUUCAAUAACAAAUUAUUGUCAGAGGUUAAAUAAAAUACCUUUUGUCAUAUUAUUGACUAUAUAACUGAAGUAUUCAAGGUCAACAAAAAAAUCUGGCUUUAAGCAGCAGGCAUGUUUUCAAAAUCCUUAGCUCUAGUAGUUCUAGCUGUGAUGCCAGGGUAGAAUACAAUUUUAUCUGUAAAAAUAUACUUCCUUAGUAGACAUUGAAAAAAAAUUUGAAAGCUACAUACUUUGUAUUAUAAAAUGAGGAAUGUAAAACCUUUGUUGAAAGUUUGUGUUGUUUUUUAAAUUCUACCUGAUAGUAAUGGUUAAAUAAACCUAACACAACUUCUUUAUAGAUGCAGUUGAGACAAGCAUUUUUCAUACCUUUUGAAGAAUUCAUUUUUUUAAAUGGGUCAAAAAUUAUUUAUCAUUUUCUCAGUGGUCUUACACUACAGAACUAAUUUGCUUUUUAAGGAGACACAAAAAACUAGGUUUAAAAAAAAAUGUGCAUCUUGUUAAUUUUGAUUUCUCUAAAAUAAUGAAUGCAAUAAAAUUAUGAAGUCUUUUAAACAGUAGAUCUUAUCUUUCACUUUAGGCUUGAAUGUCUCCACCAGUAGUGAAGAAUGUUGGCAACAAGGCCCAAGACCAAUAAACAAGUUAACUCCUAGAGCCAUGCCCGAUCCAGCUUAUCCUCCCACAGCGCAAGCAAAGUUUGUUGAUGCUCAAAGACCAAAUGUCACAAAUACUGAAAAUUUAAGGCAGAGCAUGCAAAGACUUCUUCAGGCUCGCCAGCAGCAACUUCAAGAGCAGAACUGUAGGAUUGGUAGUGAUGGCGAAUCCCAUGCUGGAG